ACUGAUGACUAACAAGAUUGAAUGUUAUUUUUCCAUCUUACAGCAUUUUGAUUGAUUAAUUUUUUGUUCAAUUGAUCACAGAUGGAAGAAUUACAGAUGGUAGAUGUUUCUAUAGAGACGGGUGUUCCUGGAGUGGAUGAUAUUCAACCAAAACCUGUUAUAGGUAUGGAAUUUGACUUUGAAUUAUCUGCUUAUGACUUUUACAAUUUCUAUGGAGGAAGCAUGGGAUUCAGUGUAAGAAAAAAUAAUGCUGCCAAAAGUAAAAGUGGUGAAAUUACAUCUAGGACAUUCGUUUGUUCUAAAGAGGGCCAUAGAAAACAUGAUAAACGAGAUUACCAGACGAAAAAUCCUAGAGCAGAAACGAGGACUAAUUGUGAUGCUUUGAUGGCUAUUAAAUUGAUCAGACAAAUUGGCAAGUAUAGAGUUACAAAUUUUGUGGAUACCCACAAUCAUCCCUUGGUUCCAAGUGAUUUGGCCCAUAUGCUUCCUUCGCGACGAAAGAUAUCCACUUCUCAAUCUGUUCAAAUUGACUUGGCUCAUGACUCUGGGAUACCUCUUAGGUCGUCCUAUGGGUUAAUUGGUAAAGAGGCUGGUGGAAGGGAAUGUCUUGGUUAUUUGAAGGUAGAUCAAAAAAAUUACCUACGAACAAGAAGGCAAAACAUGUUGGCAUUUGGAGAAGCGGGGAGUAUAUUAAAGUAUUUUCAAGAUCAAGCAUUGCAAAAUCCUUCUUUUUUUCAUGCUAUGCAGUUGGAUUGUGAGGAGCAGAUUACUAAUAUUUUUUGGGCAGAUCCGAAAAUGAUAAUAGACUACGCUCACUUUGGAGAUGUUGUGAUGUUUGACACGACCUUCAAGCUUAACAGAGAGAGUAGACCCUUUGCAGUGUUUAUUGGGUUUAAUAACCAUAGAGAGGUCAUUGUGUUUGGGACUGCAUUGAUGUAUGAUGAAACUGCUGAUUCAUUUAUAUGGUUGUUUGAAACUUUUUUAGAAGCAAUGUCAAACAAGCAUCCACAAACCAUUUUCACAGAUCAGGAUGCUGCAAUGGCUAAUGCUGUAUCAUUUGUGAUGCCUAACGUACACCAUAGGCUAUGUACAUGGCAUAUGAUGCAAAAUGCAUUGAAACAUAUGAAUUCCAUCUUCCGGGGUCCUGGUGGAGUUAGAGAAGUAUUGGGAAAAUUUCUAGACGAGUAUGAAGAGGAGGAGGAGGAGUUUGUUAUGGCUUGGAAUGCUAUGUUAGAUGAGUAUAAUCUUCGUAGUAAUACUUGGCUUCAAUGCAUUUUCGACUUGAGAGAGAAAUGGGCUAGGCCAUAUGUGAGAUGGGCAUGGUCAGCAGGGAUGAAGAGCACUCAACUUAGUGAGAGUUUCAAUUCAGAUUUGAAAGACUAUUUGAGAUCCGAUCAUAACUUGGUCCAAUUUUUCACACACUUUGAGAGGUUGCUUGAUGAGAAACGAUAUAAGGAAAGGAAGCCGAGUACGCUUUAUCAUACAAGUUGCCUAAGAUAAAAGUGUUAGUGAAGAUGUUGAUUGAGGCAGGAAAAGUCUACACGAAGACCAUAUUUGAAGAGUUUCAAGAGGAAUAUGUUGAUGCCCUUGAAUUAUGCAUUAUAGAUCGCCUUGAUCAUCUUCAAGAACCUGAUUGUAUCUUGUACCUAAUUGUAGCUGAUAGACUACGUCAUGUGAAAAGAGAUAGAGAUGGUAAUCUGUCAUGUUCUUGUAGAUUGUUUGAAAUGAGAGGUGUCGAUCCUGUGCAACCAUGCUAUUAAAGUCCUUAAAGAUGCAAUGAACAUUAUGGAAAUCCCAAGUCAAUAUAUCCUAAAAAGGUGGACGAGAGUAGCUAGAGCUGAAGUAGUACAAGAUUAUCGAGGACGUGAUAUUGAGGCUGACCCAAAGCUGGAAAAGAAUACCCGAUAUAAGUCAUUAUGCUCCCUCUUUAACAAGAUUGCAUCUAGGGCCUCUGAAUUGAAAGAUACGUAUGAGGUGUCUAUUGAGCAAGGCACAAAGUUGCUUCAAACUGUUGAAGACAUGCUACAAUUCCACACUAGUUGUGAAACAGUUGGCAUGGGUGAGAGCAAGGAAAAGCAAGGUUGUGCGGAUAAUGAAAAUGCUAUCAAACCCAAAGGACUAAGAAGAGGAUUGUUUAUGACCAUAGAAGGCGACGGAUUAGAAGUAGCGUGGAGAAGGCAUUGGCUGUGACAAGACAAAAAAGACAUUCAUCUCAGGGAGUACAAGUACCUCCACAUAUGCUCCAAUAUUUACUAUCACAGUGUCCUCAACUACCCAAUUCGAUGCCUGCAACAUGGAAUGCUGCUGCUGCGGCAUGUUUUGCACCGUCUCAGUAGGUGAAAGUCUUGGUAGUAUUUUGCAAGCAGCUGUAAUUUGCUAACCUUUUUUGGGACCCCUUUUUUGUUUUGCAUAGAAGCAGUUCUGCUACCUACUCCUUGUUAUGUGGGGGCUUUGUAUUUAUGAACCCUUAAUGAUAUAUCUAUUAGCUACUGAUCUUUUGGUGUUUAUGUACCUAGACAAAAUGCAUUGCAGUCAAAUUGU